CCACCACCCUUUCUCUUCUCUCUCUCUCCCUCUGAACUUCUAUCUAUCCUCCCCUCCUUCUCUAGCCAAGCCCCCAGGAAGGUGGGGUGGUGGGUCUCAGGGCUGAAACUCUAUCUCUUUGCUUUACUCCUGCCCUCUUAGUUCUGCAGAGGGAAGGGGAAAGAGAAGAAGAGGAAACUAGAAAGAUCAAUGCAAAGAAAAGAGGGUUGAGGAGGAGGAAUGUCUAUGUCACUGCUAGGGAGCUGCUAACUAGCCACGUUGUACAAGAGACAGAGGAGCAAGGAAAUUCAGGGAUUGGUGCCAAAGAUAGAGAGAUGAACGGGAUCUAGUGGGUAGAGAGAAGGAGAGAUUAAGGAGGCAGAAAGAGUUGGAAACAGCUAAAAGAUGGAAAAGAAAGUCAGAUAUAUCUGUGUGAUUGAAGAAAGAAUAGAAAGUGCAGUACUUUGAUACCAAGUUAUGUUGAGGGCCAAAACUCAGACACUGUAAACAAGACAGGUCGGAAUCCAGGAGAGACUGAAAUUUUCCUGGCACAAAUCAGCUGGUAAGGGGUUGCCCUCCACUUGCUCUCUUGAAUCAACCUAGUCCAACGCAGAUCACGUUGGGUCAGCUGGGGGCCAUGUCAGAGGGGGACCGGCCAACAAGCAGCCUAAGUCAAGCCAGCAGCACUGCCACCAUCUCUUCCGUCUCAAUGGGAGCCAAGCGAAACACAGCCCGGACAGUCAAGAAGGUACACACUUUUGGAAAAAGAGCAAACUCCAUCAAGAGAGACCCUAACUCACCUGUUAUCAUGCGUGGGUGGCUUUACAAACAGGACAGUUCAGGACUUAAACUCUGGAAACGGCGUUGGUUUGUCCUUUCCAAUUACUGUCUUUUCUAUUAUCGAGACAGUCGUGAAGAGAAGGUUUUGGGCAGCAUCCCUCUCCCUAGUUAUGAGAUUCGGACAGCGUUCUCCAAAGAGAAGAAGAACCGUCGCUUUGUAUUCAAGGCUGAACAUUCUGGCAUGAGAACAUAUUACUUCAGUGCAGAAACCCAGUUGGACAUGAACAGUUGGAUCAAGGCAAUGAACCAGGCAGCGACAGCUGAGUGUGACUGUGGAAACUACACCCGGGGUCUCCAAAGCCAGAAUGUGUCCACUCAUACCAGCUUUGAAGAUGUCAGGGAGGUGCCAGACGACUAUGCCAAAAGCACCGAAUCACUGGAAAUUGCCCAUCUCUCUGAGAAACAGGAGGACGAGGCCUCUUUAUCUGAGAGCCUCCACCAGCAAGAUAGUCAAAAGGGCUCCCCUCUCCCCAGGAGGAUUUCUUUAUCCAGUUCUGUCAACGGGAUCUACUAUCAUGAAAGGAUAGAGCAGCCAGAUUUAAGCUCCUUGUCUUCCCAGACGUACGGCUGUCCCUCUCCCAUUUCUUGCACAAAAUUCAUCUCCGGGCCCCGAUCUCCAGCCCCUCCUCCCUCUGAGAGCCCACCCCCUUCCUCUCCUUCUCGGACCCCUCAGACUUCCCCUAUGCUUUCCAUCCGCUCCUCUCGCUCCUACUCCCUUCCCUUGACCCCAGCCGAGUCCCCACGGAUACCUGAGGCUCACCUAUCACCCAAUCAUGUCCACCGGAAACCUCCACGGACAGCUGCAGCACAGGCAUCCUCAUGUGAAGACCUAUCAUCUCGGGCUUCUCCGCGGACUCUUGUUGUGCGUCCCAACACUCCCAUGGGAAGGGUUGAUAUCGCCCCCAGCGAAACCCCUCCGAGUAACCCCUACGGCAUACUGGCACCUGGCACCAGGGGCCGCUCCCUGACACCUGCUGACCGCUACGAUGUCCACCCCUCCUCUGAAGAACCCUAUGGCAGGCGCUUUGCUCGGAGCCCUCACUCGAUCAGAGCCCGACCUCUGGGUGAGGACAGCUUCAUGGGCACACUGGGGAGGCCACAACAGAAUAGGUUUCCAGAUCGAGGUUAUAUUUCUCCAUCAACUGGACCAACACGUGCUUUGGUCAUGAAUCGACUUCAUGGCCGACUGAUCACCCCCCAUUCAGCCUCCUCAAGCUACCUGCACCUACCACCCUUGCCCCCCACGCCUAACCGAUCCACCCCUGGGAAAAGGACAUCUUUAGGGAAUAUGAAUCGGACUCCUGUGCGAGAAAGAAAUAUCCACCCUGGCAGCGGGCAGCGUUUUGAGACUAACACUGAUGUGCUAUUGACAAAAUUGUGUGGCCAAGACAAACUUCUCCGUGGUUUUGAAGAUGAAAUUGGGCAGCUCCAGGCUGAAAAGGAACGUCUGGAAAAGAGCUUGGAGAUGACACGCUUGAGGCUGGAGGAAUGUAAAGGUCAAGACGCCACGAUGGAGAAAAUUGGCUUCCAGCAAAGACAGCUACAGGAUGAACUGGUGCAAAUCCGAGCUCGUCUCUGCGACCUGGCUCUGGACAGUGAACGAGCCUGGGAGGAUUAUGCGGCCCUCGAAUCUGAACUGCAAAUGCUGAAGGGCUCCUUGGAACAUAUCCGGAGUGUAGGGCAUCCCCAGGACCAAACUGCUGCUCAGCAAGAUCUGUGGAGGAUCCAUGACAUCCUAUCAGGAUUGAGAUGCAGCACAGUAAACUAUCACAACCUGGAAAACAGACGAUCAGAUGUGUCUUCAACCAUAAUCCCAGCUCUAGAUUCUCACCUGGGAGCAAAUCACAAUCCCCAGAUGCCUUCCAAUGGAACAGAGAAAGAAUCUGAAACUGCCAUUCCACCCAAAUCCAACCCCACCUACCACGAAUUCACAUCCAGCCAUGUCUUAGUCACAGGGGACUCAGCCCGAGUUGUUCGCCAGUCAGAAAACAAGCAACAGGAUGCUUUCAGUGGAAGAGAUCUGCCUAGGAGCCCACCUGCCUCUAGCAAGGAGCAGCGAGAGAACCUAUCACGAUGUUUGGAGGAGAUUAGAUGGUCCCCAAACUCUGUCUCUGAGAAAGGUCAUGCCAUGAGGGGAACCGAUGCAGCUUGCCUAGGUUAUGGCAGUCGCGUGAAUCCACUAAGCAAAGAUGUGGAACCCAACAUAGCAAAGGUGGCUCCCUCGGAAGCGACUGCCCCUCGCAGCGGCCGCAUGAGUGCUCAGGAACAGCUGAUCAGGAUGCAGAGGAAUCAGGAGGCCAAAAGAAAAGCAGAAGCCGCCCAGUCCAACCCUCCGGGUCCUUGCCGAGAGUCUCUCAAACGUGGGUCUAGCCGGCCCCUCCCCAAUAGCCCCCCUGAGCCAUCACCCAAGGAGAGCGUGCAAAACGGGGGACUCAAGCCUUCCCGAUGCUCCCCAACCCCUGAGUGGGAACGACAACGAGUCAUCCAGCUCUCCUAUGCACUGGCGGCAGAGGCUUCGCAACAGCGGGAGAAACGCAUUGCAGGAAGGACCAGUUCUCACUCUUCCCUAGAUGACAUCUCUGCAUCCCAUGAUAAUCUGAGCCAUCAGCACCUUCCCAGUAAUGCCACCUCCAAAGACUCAGAUUCCAGAAAUAAGAAAUCUGAGCAUGACCAAAAAGCCCCUCGAAACCUAAGCUGUAGUGCUUCCUCCAGCCCAGCAAACCAGGCACGAUCUUCACCUCAAACUGCCAAUCGAAUAUCAUACACCUCAGAAGCAUUUAAUCGCUCAUUUCCUCAUGCUGAGGAAGACAACCAUUUGUCCUCAAAGCCCAAGACUCCACAGUUGACACCCCGUUUGCUAGACUCAAACAACGAGAAGCCAUCUCUGAUUCACAUUCCUCGCCAGGGAUCACCUUUGCCUCAGUCUGCCAAUGGGAACUUGUCUUUUUCUAGGGGUUCUCCUCCACCGUGGGAUUGUGAGGGGUGGGCAUCUGAGCAAAAUCUUGUGGGUAGUCAGGGCCCGGCCCAUGGCAGGCGCAUCAGGUCGAAAGGUAAGCCAAAGUCCCCUCAAGUUGCGAGGUAUCUUGGAGAUAUUGCACGGCCUGUCAAAGUCACAUUGGCGAAAUCCAGUUUUUAAGUCAUAAUGGUAGAGAAGGCAGGGUCCCGUAGUGUGGUGAAGGGCCAUUGACUUACCGGUCUCAAGAGUGGCAGCUUCCAUGGACAUCCCUUUGUGUAGCACUCCAAACAGUAGGAAUCAUUCCCCAUCUUAUAACCCUGCUUCAGAAAUCUUGUCUUAAAUCCCAGAGCUCUGGCUUGCAGAAUCACAGUGAUGUUCUCUUACAUGCAGACACCCAAUCUAAAAUAUACAUAUUUAUCUGGAUCUAAAAGUAUAUGGACUAUCCACUGCCCCUGUGGCACAGUGCGUUAAACUCUUGUGACGAUAGGACUGAUGAUUUAAAGUUUGGGUUGCUGACCUGAAAGUUGCCGGUACAAAUCCAACCCCGGGAGAGUGCAGAUGAGCUCCGUCUAUCAGUUCCAGGGGCUGAGGGGGAAAAGGCAGGAGCCUGAGGCUGUUAGGAAUGGUGGGAAUUGAAGUCCAAAACACCUGGACGGCCCAAGUUUGUCUAUGCCUGGUAUAGACACUGGACAAAUAUUUAACAAAAUGCAUUCAGAAGAGAUUGUUUCCCAGUUUGCUUAGCUGCCUAUAGAAAACUAGUACCGUAUCCACUACAGGAGAUCAGAGAAGUGGCUGUGAAAAGCCUUUGCACAGAUAGCAUUUUGCAGCUUUGAUAGGAGGGGUAAGGAAAGUAAAACUGAGAAUAGGGAUUGUGCACAUUAAACAUCCAAGCAGGUAUUUAAAUCUGAUAUAGAGGGUUGUUUUGCAUUUUCAGGCAUGCCUACUGGCAAAGGUGGGUUUGGCUUGACAUGGCUUUGCCAGGCAUCUUUGUCUCUUUGAUGCAUUUUUAGUCUCUUCAGGAUGAUUGACAGUUCAGUGCAUCAGAUUUUUUUAAUGGCUUGCAGUUUGCUAAGUAUUAUAUCUUUGCUAAGUAUUAUAUCUAAGUUGUAUUAUAUCUACUUUGAAAAAAGAGGGGUGUGACUUUUGCUUUCGGGCAGUUCCGUAGUCACUCAAAGUUGUGUAAUGGCAGGAAAAUAAAAUAAAGCAAAGAUGUAUUUUAUUGGGAUGGGUGAGUUGGCACCAUGCAUACAAUUGGGGAUUGAUGGUGGGAAGAAAAACAAUGAAUUGAUCUAGGAGGAAGACUGAUUCAGGCAUUGUCUAUGCUCAGAGACCAUAUUAGGGGAUAUCUAUCCCAGCAAUCAAAAGAGAUAUCUCCUAUAGUGUAGUCCUAGCAAAAAGGAAUGGACUAAUUCUGAUGCUAUUGAACUAAGAAUUGGCACCUUGAAUAGAAAUUGUGUGGACUAGGCAAACUAUGUGCUGGUAUUGAUUACCAGGCAUGGAUGUAUACUCGGAUACCAAAGACCAACUAAGAAAGAGGAGAGUACGUAGGUGGCAGGAGAAUGAAUUUGGUGAGAUGAUGGUGGAACUUGCAAAUCAUGAAAUGAGUAAGGAAAGAGGCAAGAAGUAACUUUCUUAUUGAAGAGCAGUAUCCCCACUCUUGGUUUUAACAACAAUUUCCUCCAUGACUCACUAGGUAUUGAUUAGAGAGCUAUCCUGGUUGCAAUGAGCCUGGGAAAUGACUUGUAUCAGAGGAGAAGUGAUGGAGAAGGAAGCUGGUGGAAUAGCUGUGGUAGAGGGCAGGGGUGAAGGUGACUCUCCUCUUUCAAGGGUUGGAUUACAAGUCUUUAAGGUAAUUCUAUUUCAUCUGCUAUGACUUUGAGGGUUCAAUGGAGCAAUCACUGCCCAGUUGUUGGAGGAUGGGUCUGUAUUCUCAGAUGGAAAUUUGAGUGUGAGAUUUGGCAAACUGUCCCUAAAUUUGGAUUACGAACAAUCACUGCCCAGUUGUUGGAGAAUAGGUCCAUUGCUCCACCAUGGUGCCCUCUUCCAACUACACCUUUGCUUCUCCAAACCAGAGCUCUGCCAAGGAAUAGUUCCUUCCCAUUGUAUUCUCAGAUGGAAAUUUGAGUGUGAGAUUUAGCAAACUGUCCCUAAAUUUGGACUGGGAAAUCCCCUUCCACAAGACCCCUUUCUUAGAUCAAAAAAGGUCAAGAGACCCCAGAAUGAAGCAGACUGGAGGAGCUAUCCCACAUACCAAGAGUAAAAGUUUCUUAAUAUUGGGAGCAUAAGAAAAUAGUGGACAAAUUUGAAUCCCUGGAUGAAUACUUGUUCCCACCCAAGGAAAUAACUGCUGCAAAUUUCCCUUCCUAUUUUAAAACUAACAACACCAAAGACGUCUUCUCAUAUGUGAACAAUUCCAAUUUGUAUAAUCAAUAAACAUUUAAUGCUACGCA